CGGAAUCCCAAACCCCCCAACGCCGGCCAUGGCGACGGCGUCCUUCCGCCUCCUCCCGCUCGCGCUGCUGCUCUCCGCGCUCGUCCUGGCCGUCGCGCACGCGCGGGCCCCGCUGCUGGACCAGACCAUCCGCCUGCCGUCGCAGCGCGCGGCGGGGCACGAGGAGGACGACUCCGUCGGCACGAGGUGGGCCGUCCUCAUCGCCGGCUCCAACGGCUACUACAACUACCGCCACCAGGCGGAUAUCUGCCACGCCUACCAGAUCAUGAAGAAGGGCGGUCUCAAGGACGAGAACAUCAUUGUCUUCAUGUAUGACGAUAUUGCCAACCAUCGGGAGAAUCCCAGGCCGGGUGUCAUCAUCAACCACCCACAAGGUGGAGAUGUAUAUGCUGGGGUCCCAAAGGACUACACUGGGAAAGAGGUUAAUGUCAAGAAUUUCCUUGCUGUCCUGCUCGGUAACAAAACUGCUGUGACUGGUGGGAGCGGCAAAGUCGUCGACAGUGGCCCCAAUGAUCACAUUUUCGUUUUUUACAGUGACCAUGGGGGUCCUGGGGUUCUUGGGAUGCCUACCUAUCCAUACCUUUACGGUGAUGAUCUCGUAGAUGUCCUGAAGAAGAAGCACGCUGCUGGAACUUACAAAAGCCUGGUGUUUUACCUUGAAGCUUGUGAAUCCGGGAGCAUCUUUGAGGGGCUUCUGCCUAAUGACAUUGGCAUCUAUGCAACCACUGCGUCAAACGCAGAGGAGAGCAGUUGGGGGACGUACUGCCCCGGCGAGUACCCGAGCCCUCCUCCGGAAUAUGACACCUGCUUGGGCGACUUGUACAGCAUUGCUUGGAUGGAAGACAGCGAUGUCCACAACCUAAGAACUGAAUCUCUCAAGCAGCAGUAUGAUUUGGUCAAGAAAAGAGCGGCGGCGCCAGAGGACUCAUACGGCUAUGGUUCCCAUGUGAUGCAAUAUGGUUCUUUGGACCUGAAUGCUGAACAUCUGUUCUUGUACAUCGGGUCAAAUCCUGCUAACGACAAUACUUCGUUUGUUGAAGAUAACUCACUUCCAUCGCUCUCAAGAGCUGUUAAUCAGAGGGAUGCUGAUCUUGUUUACUUCUGGCAGAAGUACCGGAAAUUGGCCGAGAGCGCCCCUGAGAAAAAUGAUGCCCGGAAGGAAUUGCUUGAAAUGAUGGGUCAUAGAUCUCACAUAGACAACAGUGUCGAGCUGAUUGGAAACCUUCUGUUUGGUUCUUCAGAUGGUCCAAUGGUUCUAAAGACUGUUCGUGCAGCUGGUGAGCCUCUUGUUGAUGACUGGAGUUGUCUGAAGUCUACGGUGCGUGCUUUCGAAUCACAGUGUGGCUCGUUGGCACAGUAUGGAAUGAAGCACAUGCGUUCCUUUGCAAACAUCUGCAAUGCCGGCAUCCUCCCUGAAGUGAUGACAAAGGUCACUGCUCAGGCUUGCACGAGCAUCCCAACCAACCGCUGGAGUGCCACACACAUGGGUUUUAGUGCUUAAAUCAUAGAUGAAGCAACUUAGUAUGUCAGCUAUUGUACCAUACCAAAUUUCCUUCCUGUUCACACAAGGUUAGUAGCGCUUGAAUGAACCUUAGAUGAAUAAGAAUGAUGCCAUUAUUUCUGCUAUUCCACCACACAAAAUCACCUUCGUUGUGCCUGACUUCUAAUGUAAAUAUACCCUAGUAGAAAGGUGAUUUCCUGUGAGUGCUGUACAUGCUUGUGAUAGUUUGUGAUCAGAUGUGUAGCUCGUAAUUCCAUAUAUGAAGAAUACAACUGCAGCUA